AUGACUACUAAGAAGAGACCAGUGGGCAAGAAGAAGUUUGUUUCAUUUUCCGAUGACGAUGCAUUAUCGCGGACUGGCAGGCUGCCAAAGAACCUGCCCCAGCAUGGCAGUCCGCCAGUUUAUGUGAGGCGAACAUGGCAAACGAUACCAUUCCACCUCAUAGUGCUUUCUUACUGGUUUAUAAAGCAUUCGAAUGGAUAUGAUGUUCGUAAAUGUACAUGGUUGCUAGUUCCUUGCCAGGUUCUGUAUUUGGCCCUACAGUUUAAUCCUGCCACUGUGUAUGGAAAUAAGAUUCUGAAGCUAAAUUACGCCUUGCUAGCUGUAUCUGGUGUAACUUGCAUACUUCUAACAAUUCCAUGUAUGCUGCUGGUCGUGCUAUUUGGCGCGCCCUUCUUGGAGAUGCUUGACAAAACAUGGCUCCUCUCGCUCCAUUGUUGCGUCCUAUCGUACCCAGCAGUGUACUCCGUGCUCAACAGCGACUUCAAGGUGGGCUUCUUCAAGAAAUACUUCAUUUCGAUUGCAGUCGGGUGCUGGAUCAGCUGCUUGGCUAUUCCUCUUGACUGGGACAGGCCUUGGCAGGAAUGGCCCAUUCCUUUGGUAGUUGGAGCGCAGCUGGGCGCUAUGUUCGGUUAUACAUUCUGUAGUCAAUUGUAG